AGGAGGUGAUCAAAGUUUUGACCAAUUUCUCAAAACAUUUCAUCACCACAGAUGUGAGGGCAAUGGGAUGUCAUUCAGGUACAGGGUUGAGCUUUUUUUAGGACAGGGACCACAACAGAUUUUUUAAAGCAGAUGGGAAUCACACAUUGAGAGAGGGAGAGGUUGAAUAUUAAUGUCAACACAGGAGCUAACUGUGCAGCGCAGGUUUUAAGGACGCGCCGCACAGUUAGCUCCUGGCGAGCUGUAUUCUAACUCAUGGUGCCUAAUUUUCGAGAAUUUUCUGAAGUGUCUUCUGAAAUGUGUUCUUACGGUUCAACGUAAGAAAAUAUAUAUAUGAUGUAAUUUCUUUGUAAUCAUCCAAAAUAAUGUUAAGUGUAUGGGUAUCGACCAAUCAGGCCACUGAUACGUGCGAUGCAUUGAGUGGGCAACUCGCCGUGUAUUGAGAGGGUGGGUCUGACAGUAAGUCCCGGGCCACCUUUUUCCCCCAGUCUGCCCCUGCUUCAGAUUACUGAUUAUUAUAUAUUAAACUUAGGUUUCCUUGAUGUCCUAAAACCCAACAUCAAAAUGGUGCCCCGCUUACUAAAUACUUGAUUAUAAAUUAAGUAUUUAUAUUUUUCAUUGAGUAAACCAUGCUAAACCUGUAUGUUUGUUAUGAUGUGUUGGAACACUGUGUUUUUGUAGCCUACCAGGAAUGAUAACACAUUUGCAAGUCAAAACGCCAGUGCUCUACUGUGAAUUCAAAUGUGCCACACAAAACCUAGGCCUAGCUUUGUAACAAAGGAAUUUGCAUUUGUAACGGAUAACAAGCUGCUGGAAGCCUUCAAAGAUAUGUAGAGUCUGAAACUCUAGACUUUUGUUUUGUUUUUGCUUUUGGGUAAAAUAAAAAGUGAAACCACUCUCCUUAGAGAGCCCGGGAUAGCUUUACCAGUGUCUACCAGUUUAGUUAGUAUGCAGCAUCGCAUAUAUCCCACACCUCCCCUUGUCAGUUUCUCUCGUCUGGUGGAUUCACCUGCUGCUGCAGUCAUAAGAAAUAAUCAUAAUAAUUCAUAAUAAUAAUCAUAAUAAAUAAUAGUCAUAAUAAAUCAUUGAUUGGUUGCACAGUGUAAAGAACUGAUGUCCACUCCCUAAUUUGUUAAGUGCAAAGUUCUCUAACAUAGGCAGGCAGCUAAUCAAACUGAUCACUUUCAAAUAAAGUCUAAUGGAAAUUGUUAUAUAAGUAAUAGUUCAUUUCUGUUCAUUUCACCUUUUGUGCUAUUAGAGUGUCUAGUUAGCUGUUGAGAAAGUUGGAAUCUUGUGAGCUGUAACUGUAUGUGUUGAUAAUAUGAACAAAAGCCUGUUGUGUGCAGGUGGCCUUAGCGCUAUCUUCGUGUAGCCUAUAAAUUGCCUGUCCUUUUGAGAGCUCAUCAGAUGCUGACAGACUACCCUAUGUAGCUACUCUGUGUGCGUCUAUUCCUUUCUGCAGAAAGCUUUAUUUAAUAAGUGCUUUUACCAAAAAUAUUUCAACAGCUUUGGGUGUAUCCAUUCUCUGAUUUCCACCACAGCAGCCCACACAUUACAAGCAAGGAAUAGGGUUACAAACUACAGGAAGCUUUUGAGAAAGGUUUUACUCACCGUACAGUACAGACAUGGAGACAGUGGUGUUGUUUAUUCUGCUGUCAGGAUGCACCAUGUUUGCACCCGGCCUCUGCAGAGAGUAUUACUUUGUCAUGGCAAAGAAGAUCUGGCCUGAAGCACAGAGUUACUGUAGGACAUACUACACAGACCUGGCCACCAUAGACAGCCUUGAGGACAUGACCAGGCUUACAGCCACAGUCAGCCCUGGUUUCACUGACAAGGCAUGGAUUGGACUGUACGAUGACCUGAACAGCUUUAAGUGGUCUAUAAUAGAACCCGGGUUCUACGGUACUGGGGAGACACAGUUUAGGAACUGGCGAUCAGACCCAAGAGAACCAAAUGAUAAUGGUGGGAAUGAGCUAUGUGUGGAAAUCCUACUAAACGGCAAGUGGAAUGACAUGCCUUGUCAGAGCUUAUGCCAAUUUGUCUGCUAUGACAGAAGAAAAAACGCCAGUCAGUCCUAUGUGUUGGUUGAGCAACGAAAGUCAUUUACUGAAGCCCAGAGUUAUUGCAGACAGUUUUACACAGACCUGGUCAGUGUGAGGAAUGAGACAGAGAACCAGCAGGUUGUAAAGGUUCUAGCUGGUGGUUCCACGUGGAUCGGACUGUACAGAUCCAAGGUCUGGUCAGAUGGAAGCAACUCAUCUUUUCUUUACUGGAAAAAACAGCCAAAUUUGACAGGAGCAAGCUGCACCACAGUUGAUUUCAGUGUGUCAGGCCAAUGGACUGAUGAGGGCUGUUCACUGGCCCAAUCGUUCUUCUGCUACAGUGCACUGACAACAACAAAUGUAGCCCGUACAACUGAACCGACAACCACUCCGCAAACCGCAAUGGAACACACAACUUGUGUUGGGACCACAAGUGUACUGUCUUCUUCUGGUACACAAACAAUACCCUCCACUACCCAACAACAAACAACACCCUUUCCUAAAACAAACACAAUACUUCCUGACCCAAACACAAGCAAAGGUCCUAAAUAUGUAGCUGGAUUUACAAUGAGAUUAUCCUCUCAGACAACACUAACAGAAGCCUAUAUCAAAGACGUGGUCUUACAGCAGAUCCAGGAUGAGCUGAUCAGACGAGGGCUCCCAGGGGUCAUCAUUCUCCGUCUCAGGAACGUUCAAGAGAUUAAACCCUGAGGACACUGAGGCUGAAGGCUGUGAACUCUAUAAAAAAUACUAUUGAGACUGUUCAAACAUCAUUUUUGAUGUUUUUAUAUUCAUAUUUUUUUAUGCCUUAAUCAGUUACUUGGAAUCUUACUAGAAUUAUCUGUAGUCAGAGUAGGCCAAUGUAAAAAUUGCAUUUGUUUUUUGUAGUACAGUUCCGGGAAAUGUGCUCACCUUUUUAUCCAAAUGUGACUGGAUUAAAUAUUUAUCAAGUCGUUGAAGGUUACAUGAUAAUUUAGGUGAUGCUAGUUUAACUGGCAUGUUUAUAUCAAAUGUUUUAAAUCUUAAUCCAGAUUGCAGCAUUACAGAUUGUUGUUUGAUCAUUUUAGUCAAAUAUUGUAGCCACUAAUCAGUUAAAUAUUAAGAGGCUGUGAUUAGACAUUUGUGUUAAUGGUGAGAUUCAAGACCAAUUAAAGGUUGAGAAUUAUGACUUUUUAAGUAAAUUUUGUUGAUUAAGUAAGGGAUAAUGCCCGACGAGGUGUCCAAUAUCACCUGAUAAUGGACGAUGCGGAGGCGUGAACCGUCGGACGCGCAGCUGAGGACGGUUGCUUCCGCGGAGUCCAUUAUCAGGUGAUAUUGGACACCUCGAAGGGCAUUAUCCCGCUUAUACCAU